GUGCACUUCCGGUCUUCAGCUGCCAGGCUCCGGAUGUUGUUAUUACAGUGCGUGACAGGUCGGCAGGCGGCUGCUUGGAGUGACAGUACGCAGAAAUGAAGAAAUUAUUCCAGGGUUUAAAGAGUGACAUUAAAUUCAAGGCCGCGGGGCCAGGGCAUAAACUGACCGAGGAGAGCAAGGCAGAAGCCCCAAAGGCUAGCAAUGUACCUCCAAAACCAAGGAGUCCUCCCACUGGGGAGGCUCAGCUAGCAGCAGCCUCAGCAGCCAUGGCCAGGAUAGAGUCACAGGGCAGGGCCAAGGCACCAGCCAAGGACCCCAUCAGGGCUCAGGUGAGGAAAGAGCUGGAGGCAGCUCAGGUGAGUGAGGGGGCAGAAUGCAUCAAAAGCAACACUGAGAAAAAAAGUAAAACUGCAUCUGACAUUUGUAACAUCCUGUUUAAAUGCCCACUGACUGGUGACCUGUUGAAGAAAGAUGAGAGAGAGAAGCACAUCACAGAGCUCAUCCAAGCGUUGUCUGUCAGUGAUCCAGCAUCUGCCUCCAUCAUGAAGAUUCACACGUUUAACAAAGAUAGAGAAAAGGUCAAGGUGGGAGUAGAAAUAAUGACCAAGUACCUUGAUAACAUCGUUGGUCACCCUGAGGAAGAGAAGUAUCGCUCCAUCAGAAUGUCUAACAAAGUGUUCCAGGAGAAGAUAAGUCACUUGGAAGGAGCUCAUGAAUUCUUUGAAGCUGUUGGGUUUGAGAGGAAGACUCAGCCUUUGCCUGGACAAGAGACCCAAGACGAAUUCUUCAUUUUGAGCAGUGAGGCGCUGGAAAAGCUGGAUUUGCUUCAAACUUACAGAGAUUCUCUAAGCAGCGGAGAGCCACUAAGGGCCACUUUGGAACGCCAACCACGGGUCUUCACACCGUCAAUCCAGGCUGCACACUUUGAUCUCCCUGAUGACUUCUACAACCUGACAGCUGAUGAGAUUAAACGGGAGCAGAAAUUAAGGACUGAGGCUCUUGAGCGAAAUGCAAUGUUAAGAACCAAAGCGAUGCGAGAGAAGGAUGAGCAACGUGAAAUGAAGAAAUACAAUUACACCGUGCUAAGAAUUAAAUUUCCAGAUGGCUACAUUUUGCAAGGCAUGUUUUAUGCUCGGGAACGUGUUUCUACACUAUUUGACUUUGUCCGGCAGCACCUUCAGAACGAUUGGCUGCCAUUUGAGCUGAUAGCCCCUGGAGGCCAGAAGUUGGAAACCGAGGAGGCUGCAUUCAAUGAGAGCGGUUUGGUUCCAUCUGCCCUGUUAAUCUUCCGCUGGGAUGUAGCUGUCAUGACUGAUGUUAAGGCAGCUGUAGGACAUGGGCCAGAGAGUGCGCUGAAGCCAGAGCUGCUGUCAACUGCCGAGAACCUUGUUUAGAAGUGAACGUUACUUACCCUAAAAGAAUGCACUACUCUCCUCCACCAUAUAGAAAAGUCAUCUGCACGUAGUGUUACACAAUACAUUCUCAAUCAUGUAUUUUUUUCUUGGACCAGUAAAAAAGUACCAAAGGCUUUAUUUAUUAAGAACAUCUGAACAGAACGUGUGUCAAAUGUAAACACAUGGUUAUUCACUAAACUGUGAAAUCACCUGGAAAUCGUAAAGUUUAGGCAAAAAUUGCUGAACUGGAAACAUUCUCUAAGUCAGCUAUAUUUCCAGCACAGUCAUUUUGGCCUUAAAGUAACAUACCAGCUCCCGUAACAACAUUAUGCCAUUAAAUUCCUGUUUGGUGUCUUAAAGUUCUGGGCAUCAUGUUUUCUUAUGUGGUUAUAUUAUUUUUGGAUAGUUUAACUUAACCCAUAGGUUGUCCUCCAAGCGUGUUUGCUCCGUUUUGUACUUUCCAGCACUAGUAAAGAAGAUUUUUAUUAUUAUUUUUUUAGCAUAGAUCGGAAACUUGUCACUGGCUCCUGCAGAAAAAUAUUCAUUUCUGGUGCCAGUUGAGGACCCAAAGGGUCAAAGCAGACAGGCACAGGGAGGUUAAACUGUUACACUUCAACCUCAUAAGGUAAGAUGGCAUCCAGGACCUCAAGAGCCCAUAACAUACAUUUUAGGCUGGAGUGCUUUUUUAAAUCUUCAAUUUCCUAGUGACUUACUGCCAAUUCACGGUUUUGUGAAUACCCCCUGACAGUCUGGUUUCAGGUACCACUAGUGACAUAUUUGACAUUUCAUCCUAUGCAAAAAAAAAUUGUUUUUUGUUUUGUUUUUUUCAAACUUAUCAAGACCAGUGAUGUUACAUUUAAUUCAAAUAUCACAAGAUUUUCUCGGUCCUGAAGGGAUUAGCUUUUGGAAUGGGCAACAUAAACCUGCAUUCGAAUAUUGGGUUUAGAAACUGUUGGAAAAACAUCUGUGAAGAAAACUAAAAAAAGAGGAAUGAUUAAUCUGGUUCUUUUCUGCAAACAGUGUUACAUUGAAAGGAACACUAUAGUAUUCCUGACAGUAUAGUGUUAAACUAGUUAGGUGACUGGUCCUCCUGCGAUCGCAUGGGAAAGGUAUGUUUACCUUUUAUUUUAUUUUUUACGCUGUGCAGGUCUUGCCGCGACUGACUCCUCACUGGCUGAGUUAUCAAUUUUGAUCUCCGCCAAUCCAAUGCUUUCCUGUAGGAAAGCAUUGGGAGGCUAUUGCGUAUGCUCUUCAAAACACACACUGCACCAAUCAUAAUCUCCUCAUAGAGAUGCAUUGAAUCAAGGCAUCUCUAUGGUGAGUGUUCAAUGCCUCCAUGCUUGGCUUGAAGACUCUGAACGGCAGCACUGGACUAUGAAGCAGGCCAAGUGGCCGUCUGAGUGACUGCACCUAGAGGUGUUAAUAGACACGUUUCUCUGAAAAGGCAGUGUUUUACAUUGGAAUGCCUCCAGGGACAUAAUACAGACACCAGAACUACUACAUUGAGCUGCAGUGACUCUGGUAAAUAUAUAGUGUCCCUUAAAUGUUUAAAAAAAUAAAUGGAGCUCUGACUGCUGUACAUUCUUCAUGUAGUACACGUGUAUUUGCAAUUGUGUUAUAGACUUAUGACUGUAUUCAAGCAGCCUAUAUGUUGGUAUGUAUGGCAUCUUUGGAAAAGCUAUCUGUACCACUCCAGACAAAUUAUAAGGUGGAAACAGAACACUAAAACUCGGGGUUAUACACUAAGAUGAGCUCUCGGAAUUUAUUAGGCUACAUGUUUAGUAUCCCAGUGAAUUCGCAAAACAGCUCACCGACUCAGUGUGUUGAUGCUCAUGGGAUAAUAUACACUUGUUUUUUUGUUUUUUCCUUCAUUUUAUUGAGAAUUUUAAUUAAUGUCACUUUUAACAAAGUUGUAAUGUGGAAAGGUGCUUUAUGUAGUGAAAGCAGAAACAUGUUAGGAUGUCAGAUUUAAGUAUUUUAGGUGAAAGGGUUGAAAAAAUGUGGAACCAAAACGAGUUUUUCUCAAGAUAUUUUAUUUACUGUGCACAAAAGUAAUGGUUAUAUAACAGAAAUAAAUAUUUAUUUUAUAUCUUUAGCCAUGUCACAUUUUGCUUAAACUGGGUGUUCUACUGAAGUCUAAAUUACUAAACCAAGUUUUAAUAUUUUAUGUACAGGAAUAAUUUAUUUGAUAUAUUACAAAAACAAAUAAAAUGUGCUUAUUCAUAACGCCA